CUUUGACCAAAUGUCUACAUGACACGUGUAUCUGUUGUCUGCUACAUCAACAACAUCUUUAACCACACUGUCUCAUCAUUCCACCAUCUCCAUUUUAAUUUUUAUUGAAAAACAAAAAUAUCACCAAGACCAUAUCAAUAUCAAUUCUUCCUCUUCGAAAAAAAUAUUAAAAAAAUAAAAAAUCCUCCUCUAUAUAUAUAUAUACACACACACACGUUCAAAUCAUUAAUCACCUAUUUAGAUACAAACCAGAGAGAACAAAAGAAAUGGGAAGAGGUAGAAGCUCAUCGUCUUCGUCGAUAGAGAGUAGCUGCAAAAGCAACCCAUUUGGUGGCUCUUCAAGUAAUACUCGGAACCUAAGCACGGACCUGAGGCUUGGACUCAGCUUUGGAUCAUCUCCCGGUCAAUAUUACAGCGGUGGAGAAAAUCAUGAAUAUGAAGUCGUUGCGGCUGAUCAUGAGAUGAUCAUGGAAGAAGAAGAAGAAGAUCAAAACGAGUGUAAUAGUCUUGGAAGCUUCUUCGUGAAGGUGAACAUGGAAGGAGUUCCUAUUGGAAGAAAGAUCGAUCUCUUUGCUCUUAAUGGAUACCAUGAUUUGAUCACAACUCUCGACUACAUGUUCAACGCUUCAAUCCUAUGGGCUGAAGAAGAAGAGAUGUGUAGCGAGAAGAGUCACGUGUUAACGUAUGCAGACAAGGAAGGUGACUGGAUGAUGAAGUCAAAUGGGUGUUUAAUUGAUUAUUCUAUAGGAUGUUCUUGUCUAGCGUGAGAAGACUAAAGAUCUCAAGAGCUUAUCACUACUGAUUUAAAAACAAAAGCAAAGAUGGAAUGUAGAAUUGACUAAUACAGUGGGUGAAAAAGUUAGUUUUGUUCAAAAAAAAAAAAGUUAGUUUUGUAAUGAUGUAAAUCACUUGUCGAAGGUUUAUUCAAAGUUUUGUUUCUACUGUAUUACGUUAUUUUAUUGUUCUGUUGUAACUUGUAAGGAGGAAAAAAUUCAGACCCUUCUUAAGAA